GGGCACAAGGACGCCUAGGGGGUUUGUAGGAGUUUGCUGGGGGCUGCAAAUUGGGACAGGAACAUCGAGAGUUGGAAACAGCCUGGGCAAAAGCGCCGAGGCGCGACAGAGUGGCGGCUUGUGGGGAGUGGGUUGAUGACGUGGGAGCAAGGCUCUGGGAGAGGUCGAGCAUGGGCUACACAGUGAUUCAAGGCCCGACAUUCUGAGGUCAGGACUGAUUUUCUCCCAGCUCUACAAACAUGGAAACUUAAGUUUUAAGAGAUUGUCACUAGUCCGGGGUCACCCAGCUAAGCGGGAUUCUAAUCAGAAGAGGGGGGCGGGCACCCAAGCAGAGGAGGGCCCCACGCACUUCCUCCUCCUUCCGCCAUCACUUAGAGGGGAAACUGAGGCCCAGGGUAGUCCUGGGCACUCAAGGCCCCGAUUGGGUCCAGCCUAUCCCACACCCCUCUAGCUCGGGGCUGGACGUGUCUCGAGGCAUAUCUGAAAGUGGUGGCCAGUUGAUGAUUAAACCUAGUGCCAGAAUGCUCUUGCUGGGUAACUUCAAGCCCGGGACCCGCUUCCGGCCCUGUUUCCCCUCUUUACCCCCGGGGUCUUCGAGAGACCGGCUCUGGCCCCCGAUGCUUCAGUUUCACCGAGGGUAGAGGGCAGGCAGCUGGGGCGUUUGAGGUUUUGUUCCACGCCUGGGAGGAGCCACGCCCCUCGCCGCGCCAUUGGUGUGGUCCUUUGUGGGGGUGGGGCCUGUGUCUCGCCCCGCCCCGCCCCGCCCGCCGUAUAAAGGCAGCGCCGGCGCCGGGCGCACAGGAAUUUCUGGCCUGGUCCGCAAGUGCGCCUGCGCACGUUGGGCCGGUUCGCGUUCUGAAGCUGUAGCCUCGGCGCCUCGCGCCGCCGUGCCGCCGCGUCGCGGGUUCGAGGCCAGGGUCUGUGCGUCGCGGGUUCGCAUCCCGGCCGCGAUGCUGUUCGACAAGGUGAAGGCGUUCGUGGUGCAGCUGGAUGGCGCGAGCGCGGGGGCCGAGCCGGUGUUCAGCGGCGGCCAGGCCGUUGCCGGCCGAGUGCUGCUGGAGCUGGCGGGCCCGGCGCGCGUGGGCUCCCUGAAGCUGCGCGCGCGGGGCCGCGCCCACGUGCACUGGACCGAGUCGCGCAGCGCCGGCUCGAGCACCGCGUACACGCAGAGCUACAGCGAGCGUGUGGAGGUCGUGAGCCACCGUGCCACGCUACUCGCGCCAGACACCGGAGAGACCACGACGCUGCCUCCCGGGCGCCACGAGUUCCCGUUCAGCUUCCAGCUGCCUCCGACCCUGGUGACGUCAUUCGAGGGUAAACAUGGCAGUGUCCGAUACUGCAUCAAGGCCACCCUGCACCGGCCCUGGGUCCCUGCCCGCCGGGCAAGGAAGGUAUUUACUGUCAUAGAGCCCGUGGACAUCAACACGCCUGCCCUGCUGGCCCCUCAGGCGGGAGCUCUGGAGAAAGUCGCCCGAUCGUGGUACAGCAGUCGUGGCCUUGUCUCCCUCUCGGCCAAGAUUGACCGAAAGGGCUAUACGCCAGGUGAGGUAAUCCCCGUCUUCGCCGAGAUCGACAACGGCUCCACGCGCCCAGUGCUGCCUCGGGCAGCAGUGGUCCAGACGCAGACCUUCAUGGCCCGAGGUGCCCGCAAGCAGAAGCGAGCAGUGGUGGCCAGUCUCUCGGGCGAGCCCGUGGGCCCCGGGCGGCGGGCGCUGUGGCAGGGCCGGGCGCUGCGGAUCCCCCCCGUGGGUCCUUCCAUCCUGCACUGCCGGGUGCUACACGUGGACUAUUCCCUCAAGGUCUGCGUGGACAUCCCUGGCACCUCCAAGUUGCUCCUGGAGCUGCCGCUGGUCAUCGGCACCAUCCCCCUGCACCCUUUCGGCAGCCGCUCGUCCAGCGUGGGCAGCCGUGCCAGCUUCCUGCUGGACUGGGGGCUGGGGGCCCUGCCAGAGCGACCUGAGGCUCCUCCCGAGUACUCAGAGGUGGUGGCAGGUGGGGAGGUGGCGGCCGCGGGGCAGAGUCCCUUUCCACCGCUGCAGGACGCUGACGUGAACCUUGAAGGCCCCUUCUUCGCCUAUAUCCAGGAGUUCCGCUACCGCCCCCCACCCCUGUACUCCGAGGAUCCAAACCCACCCUCAGAGGCCAUGAGGCCACGCUCCAUGACCUGCUGAGGGGUGAGUGAAUACCUCGAGGGAUGCGGGUACACACAGGCUUCCGGCCUCCGUGGACAUGGGGAGUGGCUGGAUCGAGAGCGGCCCGACCGGACUGCGCUGAUGUUGGGGAAUCCGCGGCUCGGAACAGGGCAGGGCUUUCCGACAUAACCCAGGACGGGGGAAGAGUCUGGAACCUGACUGACGUGGACUGGCCCUCGCGAGGCAUCUGAUGCCCCUUGUCGGAUCCCGUCUUGUCUACGCCGGCCUGUGGACAGGGCUCGGGUCCCCCGGGAGCCUCUGGUCUGGGAGAGACGUCGCCAGACGUAAACGCUUCCGGUCCCGUGGGACCAGAGGAAGAGACCCAGGACCGGGAGAGUCCAGACGGGAGCAGAGAGGGCUUCCCGGAGCAGAGGGCGUUCUGGUUGAGGCGGUGGCGUGUGAAUAGCGGCCCAGCAGGCAGACAAGCAGGAGGAGGAAGAAGUCGGAGAAGGUCAGAGCUGAGCGAUGUUUGGAGAUCACCCCCUUCAUCUUAGAACUGGGGCUCAGAAAGCGAGUGCCUCCGUUGAGGCCACACGGCAAGGGCCGGCAGGCGAGAGGGCCCAGGAGUGAGGCAUUCAGGGAAGCGGGUCAUUGGAGCUCCGUGGGGCUUAUGGGUGGCAGGAGACCACUGCUCCAGCCUUUGUUUUGUUUGUUUUUUAAAAGCAUUUAUUUAUUUUGA